AUGGGUAACAGUUAUACGCACUUGGCAACGCAGGAUCCAUCGGACUUGGUAUCAGAGACCGAUUCAUCUUUGCUGCAGCGCUGGGCUGCAAGACUUACAUCUACUGAUCGUGCAUCCUACGUCAAAAUGCCUCGAAGUGCAUCAAAUAUCAAUGAAAAACAUCCCACUGUACGGGCAGCUGUGCAUAGCGAUGCUAUUGGAGCACUUGCGCCGGUACGGCCUGGAAUGAUACUCAGUGGAGGUCGAGAUAAGCUGAUAGCGCUCAAUAAUACAGAUACGGGUGAAUGCGUUUUGCGAUGGUAUGGGCACGAAAAAGAAGUCACUAAGGUGACGUACCGGAAUACCUCUGGGAAGCACUAUAUCCUCAGUGGAUCGCGCGAUUCCCAGUUGAGGUUAUGGCAGUUCAGUUCGCCGAGUACUCUGCGCAUUUAUUCAGGACAUCAUAUGAGCAUUGCCGGACUUGCCAUGCUUGAUGAAAUGAGAUGUGUAUCGGGAGCUCGUGAUGCUUCAUUGCGACUUUGGGAUAUGGAAACCGGAAAGUGUUUGCGUGUUGCUCAACAUCCCAGAAAUAUUGUAACUCAUAUAUCGCACUGUGCUCACGAUCAUCUGCUUCUGCAAUCAUCAGAAGACAAGCAGCUCAAAAUUUGGGACGAUCGCGAAUUGCAUUUGGUGCAUGAGUUCCCAAGAAAGAGUCACAUAUUAACGCACUGUGAGUUCUUGCCGGACCCCAAUUACGCUGUUACUUCGAGCAAUGGUUUUAAUCGCGAUGGAUGUGAAAUUACGUUAUGGGAUGUACGGCAGCAGAAGCUGAUCCGCGAAUAUCGAGGGCACGAGGAGUCGGCAAAUUGCGUUAUGUUUAUGCCUCAACAGGUCACCUGGAAACGUCUGCUGGUCAGUGUUUCGGCC